GUUCGGAUUGGAUGCCUGAGACGGAAUCGGAAGCAGACGACGAGUCGAGUGGCCACGAUGACGCCGCCUCUGAGGCCAACAGUGAUGCCUCUGUGGACUCGGCUGUGCCGGCCUCAGAGAAGGCCUACGUCUGCGCUUCGGACAUCGAGCGGCUGAUGGACAAGAUGGCGAGCGAGUUGAAUCUAAAGCCUCCAGAUGUAUAUGGUGUACAAUGUCGACUGCUCUAGUCCCCCCCAAGUGCUGGCAGUCUUCCCCUCGGCGGACACGACGGAUGCGGUGAUGCAGAAGAGGCGGCUCGACCUUCUCAUAGACAUCUGCAGGCAGGAAGGGCACAAGGUACGCACAGAAUCACCUGCAAAGGGAGAGAGAGAGGGACACAGAGAGGGAGAGAUCCCUGGGGUCACAUGUUUGUGAUGUCAUGUAUGCGCAGGUUUUCAGUCACAGUGCGGGUGGAGCCGGCAAGCUUGUCAAGAUGCACAUCUACCUCAUGCUGCACCCCUAGCCCGACCGUCCCGGCCGCAUCUUCGCGAACGAGACGUGAUCGUAUGACGUCUACCCACCCCCCGAGACGGUCCCGAAGGCCAAACCGUACCCCAUACCCAUCCAGGAUCCCCUCCACACCUGCCUUAAGGGCCGCAAUCGUGGCAUCACGCACACCAGCUGCACUCUCACCCUCGGCAUAGGUGACGACGAGCGUCAGACGGUGUCGAAGAAGCACCUCUAUCCUCUCGUCAACGACCAAUCCGUGUGGCAGUGGCAGCUCUGUCGUAGCGACCGCACAUGGACCGCAGGGUGGUUCGGCCCCAUUUGCCUCGCGGUGGGCAGGAGCUGCCUGGCUGUCCUGCCCCUGGUCCCUUCUGCCUGCUUGGCAGUGAUGCAUUGGCUGAUCGACCUGCUACGACUGGCGGAAGAGGCGGCAUGGCUGCUCUUUCGCGUUUUUCUGGCGUGUGUGUUAAUCUGGUUGCUCAUCCGCUACGGCACUAGAGGCAAGAUGGGAGCGAAGGACUUCCUAGGAUGGUGGCACUACGAGAACAUGACAGGGUGACCCGUUCGGCAAGAACUCAGCCAUGAUGAUGGCACGUCAGACGGCAGACGAGGCAAACGAGGGCCGAGGAGAUGGAAUACCCAUGUAUGCAUGAAGUCACACACACACACACACACACCAGUCCAACACACACAACAUAUAUGACACGCGUUUGGCUGCUCUGCGUGACGGGUGGGUUGAGGGGUAGGGAAGUCAUCUGUCGAUUCAUUUAUUGCUAUGCGUACGUGUAUACUUCUUAGGAAGCGACUUCUUGAGAUGGUGGCGUCACGAGAAUAAAGGCCGCCGCACUGGUGGCCGCCCUAUCGUCGACGUCAACGGCUUCAAAGUCAAACGCAAGAAGUGAGACGUAAGCUGAUUCUCUCACUGGUAUGCACGGAGAGCACGACUCGAUAGAGACACGUAUACAUGCAUCCUCGUGCUUUUCUUGUCAGGCGAGACGAUCCGGGGUUGAUUACCUUCCCGGACUACCCGCAUUUGCGCGGCAACGCCCGUGUGGACUUGGCUACGUUCACGCGCGAUGGGAACCAACAUGGAACACUAUCAAAUCCAUUCGAGCGGUCAUCCCUUCACAGCUUCGCCUGCAAGCACGUGAGGAUGCUGUUCAUCAUGUAAGGCAGUCAACUCUUCGACUCGUAUGUGUUUUCCAGAACUCGCUGCUCUUCAAGCCAUGAUGUCCAUCAUGAUGAGGUACCAUGGCGAUUCGGCGAGAUCAUGAACGUCACUCUGUGAGCUUAAGAGAAACUCUUUUUUCUUCCCUUCAGCUAGCGAAUGGGGCUUUUUCGUGCUGUUCUGAGUAGUGUACGGGCUUUACCUGCCCAGCACUGCCAGCACUGCCGCUAGCACUGCCGCCACCGACAAGGCCAAGCCCAAAUCGAAGCAGAUGGGAGUGGUGACGUGGGUGUAAUUAAGUGUCUAUGACUGUGUGAGUAGGGAAGUAGUGAGUACGACAUGUAAGACGUGACGUCUCCAUGGCGUUACAAGUAGACAUCCGUGAUUGUCUCACUCAGUGUCAUCCAUGCAAUGCAAAGCACCGUCGAUGUACUUAUACGUGUCAAUGAAAUGUGU